UAGUUUUGGCUCCGGAGACGCGCAGGACGCAGCGAACUGUCCCGGCUCCCCUCAAUGGUUCACCGCAGCCCGGAGGAGGGACAAACCUUCCACCGCUGCCCGGAAAUCAGCGCCCAGGAGCCGCCGUACACACUCUGACAGCAGUAAGGCUCUUCUGCGCUUCAGCAACUUUCACAAUAAAAAAACAACAAAACAAAAAAGAAACAAAAACGCAACAUCUCGGAAAACUCCGGAAAAACUCAGCGGAGCGUCCACUCAUCUCUACCCGCCGACCGCUGCCUCUGUUCGGCUACGGACAGCGCGCCGGACCGCCCAUCUGACUUGGACUUAACUGGACCAUCUAUUUAUUUAUUUUGAUGCAACUUUUAUUCACUGCCUGGUUUACAUUGUAAACUAAUCCAAAGUGUGCCUGAGCGUGUGCGCUCGCAGUUUUGUUUCUUUUAUUUGGUGCGUUUUUUACGCUUGGCGUGCGUAAAAUCCGCUUUAAAAUAACCACCCGAGACAGCGGAGCAGGGCUGAAGCGGAGGGUCAACCAGGCUGAACAGCCAGCGGGCAGUCAUGCUGAAGCCGGGUGACCCGAGUGGCUCUGCCUUCUUGAAGGUGGACCCGUCCUACCUGCAGCACUGGCAGCAGCUCUUCCCUCAGGCGCAGCUGAAGGCUCCUCUGGGCCCACCGCCGCCUCCACCUGACCGUCUCUCCAUCCCCAUGGACACCCUGCGCACAUCCCGCCUGCACAGCCACCUCCUGGCCUCCACACACUGCACCUCCUCCUCUGCGUCUUCUACAUCCUCCUCCUCAGCUUCUUCUUCAGCAGCAGCAGCUCUCACCCCGUCCUCCUCCAUCUCCAUCUCCACCUCAGCAGGGAUCUCCCAGCUGCCCGUCCCCCAGCAGAUCGCACUCUUCGGGCAGGCAUUGGCCCCGGUAUGUGCCGGGCCUGGAGGACCUGGAGGAGGAGGAGGAGGACCAGGAGGAGGAGGGGGAGACCUGGUGGUGGUCGUCCCCCCGGAGAACCAGCAGGGUCACAACCCAGCAGCGGGGUUUCUCCAUCAGGCCAAAGAGCAGGGCUGUGGGGGGAUCGGCGUGGUGUCGUCCAGCGUGAAGAGCAGCAGCAGUGGAGGAGUCGAGGAGGGCGGCAAAGGAGCGACGGGCAGGUUCAAGCUGACAUCGGAGGAGCUGGACUACUACCUGUACGGACAGCAGAGGAUGGAGAUCAUCCCACUGAGCAACCACACAGGAGAGGUCAACAACCGUUGUGACAUGUGCGCAGACAACAGGAAUGGCGAGUGUCCGAUGCACGGCCCUCUUCACUCUCUGCGUCGUCUGGUCGGCACCAGCAGCACGGCGGCACCCGUCACCCUGCCGGACGUCCCUGAUUGGCUCAGAGACCUGCCCAGAGAGGUGUGUCUGUGCACCAGUACAGUUCCUGGUCUGGGUUACGGGAUCUGUGCAGCUCAGAGGAUUCCACAAGGAACCUGGAUCGGCCCGUUUCAGGGAGUCCCGCUGCUGCUGGACAAACUGCACUCUGGGGCCGUCAGAAACACAAGACACCUGUGGGAGAUCUAUGAUGCAGAAGGGACGUUACAGCACUUUAUUGAUGGUAAUGAUCCCAGUAAGUCCAGCUGGAUGAGGUACAUCCGCUGUGCCAGACACUGUGGGGAGCAGAACAUGAUGGUUGUACAGUACAGGUCCUGUAUCUUCUACAGAGCGUGUAUGGAUAUCCCCAGAGGAACAGAGCUGCUGGUUUGGUACAAUGAUUCCUACACUUCCUUCUUCGGCAUCCCGCUGCAGUGCAUCGCUCAGGACGAAAACUUAAACGUCCCAGGCACGGUGGUGGAAGCCAUGACCAGGCAGGAGUCCCUCCAAUCCUUCAGCAAGAAUGGCAAACCCUCUUCCUCCUCGUCUUCCUCCUCUUCCACCCUCUCCACCACUCUCAUGCGUUCCAUGGUCUUCCCCCACUCCCCCUGUUCUAGGAAUUUCUCCCUGUUGGACAAGGCUGGGGUUGGGGUUCAGUCAGACUCCAGUUUUGGCCAGCUGGGGUCAAAGAACCAGCGUGUCCUGGCGAGCCCAACCUCAACCAGCCAGCUAAGCAGUGAUUUCAGUGACUGGCACCUGUGGAAGUGUGGCCAGUGCUUCAAAACCUUCACCCAGAGGAUCCUGCUGCAGAUGCACGUCUGUCCGCAGAAUCCAGACAGCAAGAGGCAUUUCAAUUUACCGUACCAGUGCGGCCACUGCUCCCAGUCCUUUUCUCAGCCAUCAGAUUUGAGGAACCACGUGGUGACGCACUCAAGCGACCGACCCUUCAAAUGCGGAUACUGCGGCCGUGCGUUCGCUGGUGCCACGACACUCAACAACCACAUCCGCACGCACACCGGGGAGAAGCCGUUCAAGUGCGAGCGUUGCGACCGCAGCUUCACACAGGCCACUCAGCUCAGCCGCCAUCAGCGACUUCCCAACGAGUGUAAACCAGUGAACCAGAACGAGAGCAGCGAGUCCAUCGAGGUGGAUUAACCCAGGACCGUUUACUGACUGAGACCACAGCCACAUUAAGGCAGCUAAAUUUGAAAACGCAUCUUUUUCUCUCUGUUUGGGCCCUCCAUCCACACUAAGACGCAGUGUUUGUCCCACGGAAAUUAAAUUUAAAAGAAAAAGAAAAAAUCAAUCUGAAUCUGUUUUACUAGGAAUUCAUAUGAAAAGCAUCACCAGUGGUAUGUAAGUGCUACUGAAGCGUCAAUCAGUUCAGUCAACACCAACUCAGAUCUUUGUUUUGCCAUCACUGUCCCAGGAAGAGGACAGCAGGAAGACACACUAUCUUCACCAAACUGAUAUCAGAAAUUCAAUGGAUGAAUAUAGUUUUACAGUAGGUUCCACUUAGGGUAUACAGGAAGAAAACCGAAUUGUGUUUAUGUAUUGAUCCAUUGAUUUUAUUUCCCCGUCCACUAUAACACGCCUGUAGUGAAACCAGAAAGCUCACAGUGAAAGUGGGAGGCCUUGAUCAAUACUUAUAGAUAUAGUUAAUGAGUUCACAACAUAUAGACAGCGGGUGCUUUGUGUGAUUUAAACGGCUGCCUGUGGAUAUUAACUUCACAAAGCAUGCCACAGGGGGAGGAAUAAGCCGUAGGAACACGUGUUUGGGAGUUUGAUAAAAUGGUUAACCGUAAUCUGAGCGGGAAAUGAGUGACAGACAUGAGAAAUUGCUUUACGUUGCUUUUACCGCAGCCUGUUAAGUUACGGUCAAAGGAUGUGUGGUAGUAAAUUUAAAAAGACGAUCUUUCUGUCGCCUCCAAAUCCCUCGGAGAUAGAACAGUAUUUAUAUUGAUUUUGUCACAUGACUUCAUGAUCAGGAAAUACUGAUGUAGUGGUCUCAGCAGCAGGUAAACAGGUAGCGUUUAUGAGCCAGAAUCAAAUCAGUAUUUUAGAUUUGUUCGGUUGUCUGACGGCAGAAACAAAAAACACUGAACUAAAAGCGAGAUGGUCUGUAUUGAAACACAUUACAGUGCCACUGCUGAGCACGGGGGGG